AUGUAUUUGCCAAUUUUCGGUUUACUCGUUUCAAUUUGUAUAACGUUUUUUAUAACAAAAACUGACCUAUUUGAUUCUAGGCCCAGAACGUUACGGAUUUAUCAACUAAAAGGAUUUUGUCCGGGCUAUGAGAAGGCCCCGAUUAUAUGGAGGGAUGUAAAUUUUCAGACAAUAAACCGUACUUUUUACCUUAACGGAAAAAUCCUGGUGAGGAGAGGCAUCCAAAAUGGUUUGAAGUUGGAUUUGUCUUUGAGGAGGUGCCAGUCCAGGGAUGCACUGGCUACUUGCGAAGACUAUCAGGGAAUACAUCUGAAUCGCCUGUGCGCUUUUAUACACAAAGAUCACACACCUUGGGCACCUUUGGUGGCCCUGAUCAAGCCCCGCAUUGCUUGCCCCUUGCAAAAGGGUGCUUAUUCACUUACUAAUGGUACAAUCGAUGGGAAGGCCCUGUUUGCCAACUGGCCAUUCGCCGAUUAUUACUGGAAGACCACAGUAAAAGUUCUGGACGAAGUAACUGAUGAAGUUUUAAUGUGCAUUUACAUGGAAGCACAAACUGCCCCAAUUUAA